AUGAGAGGUUUAACUAUGUUGAGAGCUAUUGCUCCUAUGACUCCAAGAUUCACUCCUGCCAUGUAUAAUGGUAUGAGAAGUACUUAUGGAGUUCGUUUCAAUUCCACCGCCAAAGGUGAAGAAGCCAAAGCCGAGGAAACUGCUGAAACUGCCGAAUCAGCUAAAUCUGAUGCAUCCGAACCAAGUGAAGAUCCAGUUAUUACCGACUUAAAGGCCAAAUUAUCACAAAAGGACAAACAAUUAGCCGAUUUCAAAAACCACUAUGCCAAAGCCAUAGCUGAUUUCAGAAACUUACAAGAUAGUACCAAGAAGGAAAUUCAAAAGGCUAAAGAUUUCGCUUUACAGAAAUUUGCUAAGGAUUUGAUUGUUUCUUUGGAUAACUUCCAAUUGGCUUUACAAUCAGUCAAAGAAGACACUUUAAAAACCAACGAAGAAGUCAAAAACUUAUACGAUGGGGUUGAAAUGACCAGAUCAGUAUUUGAAAGAACUUUGACCAACCAUGGUAUUGAAAAAAUCGACCCAGUUGGUGAACCUUUUGAUCCAAACACUCACGAAGCUGCUUUUGAAAUCCCUCAACCUGAUAAGGAACCAGGUACUGUGUUCCAUGUACAACAACCAGGGUAUACUUUGAAUUCCAGGGUUUUGAGACCAGCUAAGGUUGGGAUUGUCAAAGGAGAAUAG